AUGGCUUGCGUGAAGAAGGGACUUUCCCGCCAGGAUGCUCAUGAGGAAAUUCGCGUUCUCUCUCACCAAGCGGCAGACAGCGUCAAGAAACAGGGUAAAAGCAAUGACCUGAUUGAGCGGAUCCGUCGCACUGCUUUCUUCGCGCCAAUCCUGGGCGAGCUCGACGCUCUUCUUGAUCCCAGCACCUUUGUCGGCCGUGCUCCUCAGCAGGUUGAAAAGUUUACCUCCACUGAAGUCAAGAAUGCUCUCAAGCCAUACGAGAAGCACCUUCUCACUGCCGUGGCCGCUGAUCUCCACGUCUAA